UACCGAGCUUAACGUUUUUGUCAGGGGAAAUAUAUCCCGGAAAAUAAGAACAGUCGAGUAAAUAGUUUGUCAGUUAUUGAUGAGUCCCAUGCAGUAAAAGUGGGGAAGAGAGAAGAUCAAGGUGAUAUUUAGUAUAGUGUGGCUAGGAAAGGUCUCUCUGAUGAGGUGACAGAUGAGCAGAAACCUGAAGAAAGGGAGCGAGCACCUCAUGGCGUUAUCUGGGAGAAUGGUGUUCCAAGGAGAGGGAACACGAAGUGCAAAGGACUUGAAGUGGGUGCAUAUCUGACAUGUUCUGGGACAAGAGGCCCAUGUGGCUGGAGCAGAGCAAGCAAAAUCGAGUUGAAGGGAGGGGGUGUGGGCAGGGCUUCCUGGGCCUUUGUAAGGAAUCACCUUUUACACCCCAGUGAAAUGGGUGGCCAUCCUAGAGCUUGAACAGAAGAAUGACAUGGUUGACUUUACUUUUAAAGGAUCACUCUAGUUGCCCUGUUGAGAACAGACUGGGGAAGGUGGGGCAGAGAACAAGGAUGGAAGCAGUUUACAGUUUACAGUUAACUUCUGACAACUUAAAACUUAUUAGUGAUGUUGCUAAUAAUCAAAUUCUUCUUUUUCUUCUUUGUAUUAGUUUCCUUAACCAAAACUGCCAAGAAAGGCUUGGAACUAAAACAGAACUUGAUAGAAGAGCUCCGGAAAUGUGUGGACACAUACAAGUACGUUUUCAUCUUCUCUGUGGCCAACAUGAGGAACAGCAAGCUGAAGGACAUCCGGAACGCCUGGAAGCACAGCCGGAUGUUCUUUGGGAAAAACAAAGUGAUGAUGGUAGCCUUGGGUCGAAGCCCAUCUGAUGAGUAUAAAGACAACCUGCACCAGGUCAGCAAGAAGCUGAGGGGUGAAGUUGGUCUCCUUUUCACCAACCGCGCUAAGGAAGAGGUGAAUGAGUGGUUCACCAAAUAUACAGAAAUGGACUUCGCCCGAGCUGGUAACAAAGCAACUUUGACAGUGAGCCUGGAUCCAGGGCCCCUGGAGCAGUUUCCCCACUCCAUGGAGCCACAGCUGAGGCAGCUGGGCCUGCCCACUGCCCUCAAGAGAGGUGUGGUGACCCUGUUGUCUGACUACGAGGUGUGCAAGAAGGGCGACGUGCUGACCCCAGAGCAGGCCCGUGUCCUGAAGCUUUUUGGGUAUGAGAUGGCUGAGUUCAAGGUGACCAUCAAAUACAUGUGGGAUGCACAGUCGGGAAGGUUCCAACAGAUGGGAGAUGACUUGCCAGAGAGCGCGUCUGAGUCGGCGGAAGAAUCAGAGGAUGACGACGAUGACUGACAGCCUUCCUGCACCUUCUGCAUUUCAACUGGACCUCGCAGGACAGCAGCCACCCCUCACCGCACGGAGCAGCUGUUUAUCUUGUCGGUGGAGACAAGGGAGGGCGAAAGGCACUGACUGUUUCUAUGAAGAAUAAAGCUUUGUCUGCAGGGUAUCUCCCUGUAGACAGCAAAGGGGACUUUUCUUAGAAAAAGGGCCUUUGGGUUUGUCUUCUGUUUGGAUUCCCAGGAUUGCCUGUGUUCUCAUUGUCAGCCAGCUGCCAGCACUGACUUCUGCAGGACCACCCUGGCUUUGCGGCUAUGGGGAUGGCCAAGAACUAUUUCCAGAGCUGGGUUUCUCCUGUUCUUUGGCCCUGGGUGCCCCUUGCUUGGAAUAGGGAUUUGCUGAGGAAAAUUAGGCGCCCUGGCUGCCCUUCCUGCCCCCCAACUCCUACACACCCAAAGCAGGGCUGAGAAUCAGAUGGAUGCCAAGAAUACAGGAGGCUUCAGCCUUAGCUGAAGUAAGAGCUUUCCACUUCUAGAGUUGAGAGCCAGUGUUUCAAGUGUUCUGCAGCAUCCUGGGAGGUCUUAUUGUUCUUGGUGGUUCUCCUGGUAGGUGUUUGCCCAAAUUGUUCUGUCUGUAUUUGGUUAGGGAAAGCAUUUCUGAAUGAGACAAAACUUACUUUGCA